UAGAACCUCACUGCUUGGCCUCGCUCGGGGGUGCCACCUCCCCGCACCGUGUUUGGGUCUGCAAACGUCUGUGUUGUGCCGGCCCCACUUCCCGUGGCUGUAUUGGGCCCACAUCGUGGCUGUCCACGCAUGGGUCACUCUUCAGAACAUUGUCGUGGCCAAGCUGUCAGAGCCCAGUAGCAACUAGUCGGCCCCCACGAGUGGUUGGUUGGUGGGCAGAAGGCUGCCAGUGGCUGAGUCCCUUGGCACACCUGCCUCCCAGCGUGUGCCCCAAGCGCCCACCUGGGAGCAAAUGGCAUGUGCCUGAGCUCCCUCCACCGCCCAGGCCUUCCCUCCCGGGCCUGAGAGCAGUGGUUGGAGAGUCGUCCUGAGCUGGUGGCGCUUGGCUUGAGCAGCUUUCCCGACAGCCACUCACCUGGGUGGCUGGGCAACGGGGUUGUCGCCUGGUUGGGCCCGGAAAUGGGACGUCGCGCCUCCUCGGGGAGUGUAGAAGCAGCCAGGGCCUCUCCAAGCCGCUGCUGUGACAGAAAGUGAGCGAGCUGCCAGAGGAUGUCCACCACCACGACAGUCGCCCCCGCGGGGAUCCCGGCACCCCCGGGGCCUGUGAACCCACCGCCCCCGGAGGUCUCCAACCCCAGCAAGCCCGGCCGCAAGACCAACCAGCUGCAGUACAUGCAGAAUGUGGUGGUGAAGACGCUCUGGAAACACCAGUUCGCCUGGCCCUUCUACCAGCCCGUGGACGCAAUCAAACUGAACCUGCCGGAUUAUCAUAAAAUAAUAAAAAACCCAAUGGAUAUGGGGACUAUUAAGAAGAGACUAGAAAAUAAUUAUUAUUGGAGUGCAAGCGAAUGUAUGCAGGACUUCAACACCAUGUUUACAAAUUGUUACAUUUAUAACAAGCCCACAGAUGACAUUGUGCUAAUGGCCCAAGCCUUAGAGAAAAUUUUUCUACAAAAAGUGGCCCAGAUGCCCCAAGAGGAAGUUGAAUUAUUACCCCCUGCUCCAAAGGGCAAAGGCCGGAAGCCGUCUGCGGGAGUCCAGAGCGCAGGUACGCAGCAAGUGGCGGCCGUGUCCUCUGUCUCCCCAGCGACCCCCUUUCAGAGCGUGCCCCCCACUGUCUCCCAGACGCCCGUCAUCGCUGCCACCCCUGUACCAACCAUCACUGCAAACGUCACGUCGGUCCCAGUCCCCCCAGCUGCCGCCCCACCUCCUCCUGCCACACCCAUCGUCCCUGUGGUCCCUCCUACGCCGCCUGUCGUCAAGAAAAAGGGCGUGAAGCGGAAAGCAGACACAACCACUCCCACGACGUCGGCCAUCACUGCCAGCCGUAGUGAGUCACCCCCGCCAUUGUCAGACCCCAAGCAGGCCAAAGUGGUGGCCCGGCGGGAGAGUGGCGGCCGCCCCAUCAAGCCUCCCAAGAAGGACCUGGAGGACGGCGAGGUGCCCCAGCACGCAGGCAAGAAGGGCAAGCUGUCAGAGCACCUGCGCUACUGCGACAGCAUCCUCAGGGAGAUGCUGUCCAAGAAGCACGCGGCCUACGCCUGGCCCUUCUACAAGCCGGUGGACGCCGAGGCCCUGGAGCUGCACGACUACCACGACAUCAUCAAGCACCCGAUGGACCUCAGCACUGUGAAAAGGAAGAUGGAUGGCCGAGAGUACCCAGACGCACAGGGUUUUGCUGCUGAUGUCCGGCUGAUGUUCUCAAACUGCUACAAAUACAAUCCCCCAGACCACGAGGUGGUGGCCAUGGCCCGGAAGCUCCAGGACGUGUUUGAGAUGAGGUUUGCCAAGAUGCCGGAUGAGCCCGUGGAGGCGCCGGCACUGCCUGCCCCCGCGGCCCCCGUGGUGAGCAAGGGUGCUGAGAGCAGCCGUAGCAGCGAGGAAAGCUCUUCGGAUUCAGGCAGCUCGGACUCAGAGGAGGAGCGGGCCACCAGGCUGGCAGAGCUGCAGGAGCAGCUGAAGGCCGUGCACGAGCAGCUGGCCGCCCUGUCUCAGGCCCCCGUAAACAAACCAAAGAAGAAGAAGGAGAAGAAGGAGAAGGAGAAGAAGAAGAAGGAUAAGGAGAAGGAGAAGGAGAAGCACAAGGUGAAGGCCGAGGAAGAGAAGAAGGCCAAGGUGGCUCCGCCUGCCAAGCAGGCCCAGCAGAAGAAGGCUCCUGCUAAGAAGGCCAACAGCACGACCGUGGCCGGCAGACAGCUGAAGAAAGGCAGCAAGCAGGCAUCUGCCUCCUACGACUCGGAGGAAGAGGAGGAAGGCCUGCCCAUGAGCUACGAUGAAAAGCGCCAGCUUAGCCUGGACAUCAACCGGCUGCCCGGGGAGAAGCUGGGCCGGGUGGUACACAUCAUCCAGUCUCGGGAGCCCUCGCUCAGGGACUCCAACCCCGACGAAAUAGAAAUUGACUUUGAGACUCUGAAACCCACCACUUUGCGGGAACUGGAGAGAUACGUCAAGUCUUGUUUACAGAAAAAGCAAAGGAAACCGUUCUCAGCCAGCGGGAAGAAACAGGCAGCCAAGUCGAAAGAGGAGCUAGCUCAGGAAAAGAAGAAGGAGCUGGAAAAGCGUCUGCAGGACGUCAGCGGGCAGCUGAGCAGCAGCAAGAAACCCGCCCGGAAAGAGAAACCCGGCUCAGCACCCUCAGGGGGCCCGUCCAGGCUCAGCAGCAGCAGCUCCUCCGAGUCUGGGAGCAGCAGCUCCAGCGGGUCCAGCUCCGACAGCAGCGACUCAGAGUGAACUGGCUUCGGACAGGACAGGACAGAUGGAUGUCGCACACGCCGAGACUCUGCCGUGCCCCUCUGUGGUUCAUAUACUACUUUUGUUCCAUGGUGUGCAGGUCUGCUUCUUAAUUCAGUGUUAUGAUAUCUUCCAGUUUUUGCUUUCAUAGGUCAGAGAUCUAUCUUGUGUGUGCGUUAGACUUGAUGAGAAGGUGUGAACUCUGCAGAAAGUCUCUUCUUCAUCACUGAAUUCAGUCACUUGGAGAUGACAACUUCACAUGCUAACCCGAUGACCCCAGAAAACUGUGUGAGAUUCGUACCGAAGAACCUUGUGGAAUCCCUUUGCUUAGACCCAACCUGGUCGACAGCUCGAGAAAGCAUUUUUUCCAAGGAAAUGUCUCGGCCAUGGGUACUGUAUUUGAAAGCUGUUAGCUUUGUCAACACGCAUCGUCCUUGUCAUGUGGGCCCUGAGCUCUGACCCUCGUGUCUGACGCGGCCACCUCUUUCUGGAGGGGCUGAGGACAGAUGUGCCUGCUUGUGGGGACCAGGCUGGGCCUAAGCGAAGGGUUGUCACAGCCCCAGCCCAGAGCGUGGAGCCCUUGUGGGGGUCGGGUGGGAUGUGCGUUCUCCGAUCGUGGUGAUGUCAGGAGCUCCUCGGAGGGAACAGAGCGGCUGUGUGUGCAGCCUGCAGGUUUCCAUACACUGAAGCUUUUACCUCAACUUUAAAAAAAAAAAGAAGAAAAGAUUUAAAAAAAAAAAAAAAAAGGAGACUUUUUUUGUAAGGUUCGGCAAUUUUCUACGGAAGUCCAGCCCGCUGUGAGUCCCCGCCUGGCUAGCGCCGCCCCUGCUGCUGCUGCUGCUGCGCCCUUGGGAACCACUUCCCAAGCUUUUGUGUAUAUAAAUAGUUAUUUAUUAACAUCAUUGGUCAUUUUUUUAAAAAAAAAAUAAGAAAAAACCGCAGAAGAAAUGCAUUCACACAAUCGCAGAGAUGCAGGCCUUGUCAGUGGUGUGCCGGGCCCGGGUCCUGUCUGGCGGCGGCCUGUCGUCUCCAGGUGCUAACUCCUGCCACCGCGCGGUGCUCACCCACAUCUGUGUUCGCGCGCUCGCCCCUGGGUUCGCUGGGUUUUUUGGGUUUUUUCUUUGUGGUUUUUUUUUUUUUUUGUAUGAAACUUGGAGGCUUACAGGUAUAGACAGCUUUCAGCUACAGCACAUUCUAAUUUUUUAUUUUGUUUAGUUCUUUUGUAUUCACUUCUGGUCUCUUUAAGACUGUUUUAAAAGAAAUCGAUUUAGGGAACCCCAGUUAUAUAAUAUAAACUUUGUAAUCUGAGAGAAAAAAUGUAUAGUAAAUCUAAGUCUUGAUUUUUAACUUUCUAUUGUAAAAAAUAAUAAUAUACAGAGUUUAAUAGAAGGUUAUGUUUUGGUUUUGUUUUCCCAGAGGCUGCCAUAUGGCCUUUGAGUGCGGGGAUGCCCCACACUGGCCCACCAAUGAGCAUGGCGGCUUCGGCCAGGAAUGCCAGGGUUAGCUUCCCCGGGCUCGUGGGUGGGCAUGCCUGCCCCAUGCCAGCCUACAGAGGCCUGGCCAGGCCCUCCCCAGCCUGUCUGCCCUCCUCAGGGGUAGAGGAGUCUCUGGGCCCCAGGAGGAUUCCCUCCCAGAGACUUGCACGGUGCUCCCUGCUCACGCGUUGUCACAGUUAGCCCGGAAAUGACUGAAACCAGGCAUUCUCCCGGACCUGGGCGUGGGGGAGCCUCCAGGCAGAUGCUGGCUAUGGAGCCGUGGUGUCGUCUGUCCUGUAUGGUGGCCAGUGCUUUCUGCCAGCACUUCUGGAUGGAUAGAGGGACUAUCAUUAAUAUCCUAAUACAUGGUGAUUUAAAAAAAAACAACAACAUAAAAUGGAUUCAGGGUCCACUGGCCCUUACAGAUGUAGGUACACCCUUACUGGAGAGGGGGCUCUGAUGAGGAAAUGCUGGUCAGUUACUACUUUUUAAAUUGCUGGUAAGUCUGACACUUGGUGAGUUUUCAGCCAGUUUGUUAAACUUUUAAUUAAGUUUUGUUUAUAAUAAAAAUAUAAAUGGA